UACAAAGUUUCGGGGAAGGAAGGUCAAGUGCCUAAACACCCGCCUUUGCUCUCUGCUCUUCUGACACCAUUCAAUUCCUACCACGAUAUCCCCAGCUCUCUGGCGUUGUAUUUUUUUUCUCUUUUCCACAAAGAACAAUCGGUUAUUAGCGGGCGCACACUACUCGAUACCCCUAGCCUACUUCUCGCCUUCGUCGCAUUUCUGCACUCGCCCGACUGCAAUCGUCAUCAUCGCGUCUCACAUUGCCUUGUCUCUCCCGUCCGGCAGCAGCCAGCCAGCCAACACCUGGGCUCGAGACUAGUCGGUCGCCAAAGUCUCGCGAACAUGGGGGUAGCCAAGCAGGCUGCUUAUUUCCUUUUCCACCCCAACCAGCUGAGAUCUGUCAUUCAAUGGAAGGUAUGGCACGAGCCUGUUCACAAGCGUGAUGUCACCAAGGAGACACCAACGGAGAAAGCAUGCUAUCACUACCUUGACAUGACGUCUCGGUCGUUCGCCGCCGUCAUCCAAGAACUGAACCCCGAGCUGCUGAUGCCCGUCUGCCUCUUUUAUCUGGCACUCCGUGGGCUUGACACUAUUGAAGACGACAUGACGCUUGAUCUGGCCGUGAAGGAGCCCUUGCUGCGCACAUUUCAUAAAAUCCUUGACCAGGACGGGUGGACUUUCGAUGGGAAUGGCCCCAACGAGAAGGAUCGCGAGCUCCUUGUGCACUUUGACAACAUCAUCGCAGAGAUGAGGAAUGUCAAGAAGGCUUAUGCGGAUAUCAUCAAAGAUAUCACAGAGAAGAUGGGCAAUGGCAUGGCUGAUUAUGUGGUCAACGCCGAGAAGAACGCCAACGGAGUCAACACUAUCGAGGAAUACGAGUUGUAUUGCCAUUACGUUGCUGGGCUGGUGGGCGAGGGUCUCACGCGGCUUUUCGUCGAGAGCAAUCUCGCCAACCCGCAGCUAUUGGUCCGCAUGGACCUGACAGAGAGUAUGGGCCAGUUCUUGCAAAAGACAAACAUCAUUCGCGACGUGGAGGAGGACUGGGUUGACAAGCGCCGCUUCUGGCCGAAAGAGAUAUGGAGCAAGUACGUCGACAAUUGGGAUGACUUGUUCGCGCCCGAAAACCGAGAGAAGGCCCUCAACUGCAGCUCCGAAAUGGUCCUCAACGCCCUCAAGCACGCCGAUGAGUGCUUGUUCUACAUGGCGGGGAUCCGGGACCAGAGUGUUUUCAACUUUGUUGCGAUCCCUCAGAGCAUGGCGAUUGCCACCCUUGAGCUCGUAUUCCGCAAUCCCCGCAUUUUUGACAGCCAUAUCAAGAUCACCAAGGGUGACGCGUGCAAGCUUAUGAUGGAGUCGACACAGAACCUGCGGCUUGUGUGUGAUGUAUUCAGACGCUAUGCGAGGAGGAUACACAAGAAGAACGACCCGAGAGACCCGCACUACCUGGCCAUCAGUGCUCAGUGUGCAAAGAUCGAGCAGUUCAUUGAGUCCAUCUUCCCAACUCAAGAUCCCAAGAUGAUUGCGGCCGGACGAAGCAUGAACGCGAACGCGACCAAGGAACCUAGUAUGGAUACUGGCGAGGCUCUCUUGCUCGUUGCUGCUUGUUUCGCUGUUUUGUUCCUUGUUGGCGGGCUGAUGAUUGGUAUUGCGUACUAUUUUGGUGCCCGGUUCGAUCGUGCCUUCCAGGGACUCGAGUCGGGGCUUCGUGCCCUCGGCAGUGUUACUAGCUCCCCUGGAGCUGUGCCUACGCUCGGCCACGAGGAGCUGUAGUAUACUGAUCCGGGGCUGGUCCCGUUACAGGCACUUGAUAUACUAUCUAAUGUCAUACGUUCGUAUCAAGUAUUAUGAAUACGGUUAUGAGAGGCCGGCGUUGUCUCGGCAGCGGGAGAUCAUUUAGGGGGACGGCUCUCGUCACUUGGCACCACAUCCCUUGGGUUCAGGUGAUUCACUAAUACUACCGACACGCUAAUAUAUGAGCCGCGGUUCUCAUCUUUGUUAACAUCAACAGAUUUAUUCUUUCGUCUUUGGCUUCGGCACAC